GGGGAGAUGACGGUGUUUGUCGUCAUAGGGCUGCGACCCCCAUCUACGUCGUCGUUGGGGAAACCAGGCUGUCGGUAGAAGUGGAGUGGGAGUGGCGUGGAACUCUCGGAGGCCCCGAGAGCCUCAGCUGUGGGAGACCAAAUCUGGAAGCUAAUAUUUAAAAAAUGACCACACCAAACAAAACACCUCCUGGUGCUGAUCCGAAGCAGUUGGAAAGGACUGGAACAGUAAGGGAAAUUGGGUCACAAGCUGUUUGGUCACUGUCAUCUUGCAAGCCAGGAUUUGGAGUGGAUCAGUUACGAGAUGACAAUCUAGAAACUUACUGGCAAUCAGAUGGGUCCCAGCCUCAUUUAGUGAAUAUCCAGUUCAGAAGAAAAACAACAGUGAAGACUUUAUGUAUAUAUGCAGACUACAAAUCUGAUGAAAGCUACACUCCAAGCAAAAUCUCAGUCAGAGUAGGAAAUAAUUUUCACAAUCUUCAAGAAAUUCGGCAACUUGAAUUGGUGGAACCAAGUGGCUGGAUUCAUGUUCCCUUAACUGAUAAUCAUAAGAAGCCAACUCGGACAUUCAUGAUACAGAUUGCUGUUCUAGCCAACCACCAGAAUGGGAGAGAUACCCACAUGAGACAAAUUAAAAUAUACACACCAGUGGAAGAGAGCUCUAUUGGUAAAUUUCCUAGGUGUACAACUAUCGAUUUCAUGAUGUAUCGUUCAAUAAGGUAACUUUAAAGUGGAGCAAAAGUGAUGAAUCCUUUGUUUUGUUCUGUUAUUACAUUUUAUGUUGGAUAUCGUUAUUGAAAAAUGCAUCUGUUAUUUUGUAAUUUUGUAUACAUUUAAAGGUAUUUUAACUUUGAUAAAUAAAUUUUGGGUCAUAUUGUUUCAGUUUCCUUUAACAUGUAAUUAAGCUCACAUAUUUUACUUUACUAGAAAUGAAUUCAAAGCCAAUCUGUAUAUUUUCCCUUGUAUCAGAAGAAAACUUGUGGGGCUGGGGUUGUAGCUCAGUGGUAGAGCACUUGCCUAGCACAUGUGAGGUACUGGGUUGGAUCCUUAGCACCACAUAAAAAUACAUAAUUAAAAUAAAGAAAAUUGUAUCCAUCUACAGCUAAAAAAUAUUUUAAAAAAUCAGUUUAACUGAAAAUUUCAAUAUAUACAGUUUUUAAAUCAACCUGUUGAUUUCAUGUAGUGAUCAUUACAUAUUUGAGAAUAAAACUAUGUUUUACCAAAAUGUAUAUCACCUUUAACAAGUCGAGAUUACCCCCCACCACCACCAAAGGAAGCUUAUUUUUUAUAUACUGGGCCUACCAUCUGAUUUGGUAAUAUCAUUAAUUGUAUUACGUUUACUUCCAUGAAACCCUUAUAACCCUAGGGUUAUCUAUAUCCUGGCAAUAUUAUGUUAGAGACUGCUGUUAUAAUCCAAUGUUUAUCUCAAUUCAAGUAAUACUUACAGUUAGUUUCAAACUUUUGUCUGACACCGUAUCAUUUUCUGGAGAUAACAUGUCCUGUGAAAAUUUAAAAAAUAUAUGAAAUUGUUCUUAAUAAAGAUUUUAAAUAAACACAUAAAGAUGUGUUUAUUUCAGUGGUUUAAAUGAACAGUUAAUUCCAUAUACUUUUUUCACCCUGUAUCUAUUAAUUUUGUGGGGGAUGGUUGUUUAGCUAUAGACAAAUCCCCAGAUUUGCUCUUGUUUUGGAAAGAUUGCUUGGUGGUUCUUGAAUUGCUGGGUCCAUAUAAGUCUACAGUAGGAAAGUUUUAAAAAUAAUAGUGUGUUUGCUUUAUUCUGGCAGGGUACUAUUUACUUGGAUACUAUUGAAAAAAGGGUUUCACUUUUUCACCAUUCAAAAACUCUGCUCUUCUUCCUGUGAGUUCCAGAAAGAGUUUUAUUUCUGUUUUGUUUUCUUUGAGGUAAAAAGCAUGGUAUGUGGUCUGUAGGGUCAGCUAAAGUCUGCAGCCAAAAUUUCUUUGAAAUCACCACAUUAGAGAUAUAGGUGUGGAUGCUGGGGAGAGCAGAAGAGAAACUGAAGGAAAGCACUGGAGAGGAACUAAAGGAAGUGAGAGUAGAAACGCACACUGCAGGCGCUGAUGGUUUUCUGAGUUCAAGAGGAAGAAAUCUGUCUCAAAAAAGUAUAAGAGGUUGUGUUAGUAAUGUUACUGCUUUUUUUUUUGACUACUUUUUUUUUGCUUAAAGAAAUAAAAGGAGUAGACUACUUAUCAUUGAAUCAUUGAUACAAUCCAGUCUGUUAUUUCCUACUACUAAUAGUUUAAGAGACUCCUGAAAUCAGGAGGAAUUACAGAGAAUGUUGAGAAACCUGUAUGUUUUCUACAUUUACUCCUUUCCCCUAAUUUUCAUAUACUGCUGAAUGACCAUCUUUUUAGGUAUGGUAAAAUUCUGUAGUGAAGGAUUAUAGAGAUAUUUCCCCUUAUUAUAAGGAAAAUUAUAAAGAUACAGAUUGAUCAUGCAUUACAUUAACAAAAUGUAAUUAUCCAAAACAGUUUCAUUUCACUUUAUUUGUAGGUGUGGGUGCAGUGCCAGGGAUCAAACAUGGGACCUUAUGCGUGCUAAGCAUACACCCUGUCACUGAGCCCACGUUUCACUUUCAAAAAUGCACAUUAUUUUGAGGCUGAGGGUGUAACAGUGGUAGAGUGCUUGCCUACAAUGGCAAGGCACUGGGUUCAAUCCCUGGCACCAUGGAAAAGCAAAACAAAACAAAAGCAUAUUAUAUAUCUGACAGAUAUUGUGUCUAGAAUAUAUAAAGAACUCUUACUAUUCAACAGUCAAAAGAAAAACUAAUCCACUUAAAAGGUGAGCAAAAGAUUUGAACUUCACCAGUUCAGACUAUGUGACCAGUCCAUUCUAUUCCCACAUUUGCCUGAGAAAUGAAAGCUUAUGUCCAUACAAAGAUUUGUACAUGAAUGUUCACAUACAAAUGUUCAUGUGUAAAUGUAGGAAAAGGAGUAAAAGUAGAAUGCAUACAGCUUUGUUUGUAAUACAGAUAUAGUCUCCUUUAUCCAUAAUGCCUACUACCAGAAGUGUUUUGAAUUUGGGUAUAUUUUUGGAUUUUGAAAUACUUGUAUAUACAUAAUGAGGUAUCUUGGAGAUGGGAACCCAAGUUUCCAAACAUGAGAUUCAGUUAUGUUUCAUGUAUAUCUUAUAUGAAGAGCUUGAAGGUAGUUUUAUACAGUGUUUUUAGUGUGCCUGUAUUUUAAGUAUGACCCAUCAUAUGAGGUCAGGCGUGGAAUUGUCUGCUUGUGGUAUCACAUCGGCAUUCCAAAGAAUGCAGUGUUUCAGAUUUUGGAUUUUUAGAUGAGGGAGGCUGAAUCAAUACUCAAAAACUUCCUGCAAACAAACCAAAUCUGAAUCAACAGGAGAAUAUAUAAAGAAAUUGUGGUAUAAUGAAAUACUAUGAAAUAAACAAUAGUUUUGUUUAUACAUGCAACGACCUGGAUGACUUUCCAAAUAAUUAUGUAAAGUGACAGAAGCUGCACAAAAAGAAUAUAUCCAAAUGAUUCCAUGUUUCACAGAAUUCCUGAGCACACAGACAUCUGAGCUGAUGGAAGGUAGAUCACUGGUUCUAUAGGACAAGGGAACAGGAAAAAGCAAGAAUGAAUGGACUGCUUCAGUGGAUGAUGGGAAUGUUCAUUUUAAUUUCACAUGUAAUCUCCAGGUAUAAUCUCCACUUUCAAAAUCAGUGUGUAUUAUCUUAGAAAAUAUUGUCACAAGAAACUAUAAAAAUUGUAGAAUUUUAAAUCAGUCAUAGAACACUAUAAAUGUGCAACUCUUCAAAAGGACUGGUUCAUUCAACUGGUUUUGUGUGUGUGUGCCUAGAUGUUGGAUAUUGAAUAGAUGGAUGAAGGAAACCUAGACAAAUUG